AUGGAAACUAUUGAUAUCCAGAAUAGAUCGUUCGUGGUCCGUUGGGUGAAAUGUUCCAAAGGCGACGUGAUAAAUUAUCAAUUGAAACCAUUAAAGAAAUCAAUUGAGUUGGGGAUCUAUAAAAAACAUAAAUCGAACGUGGAUUCUCAGCCAGCUGCGGUCCAUAUCGCACAAGAUACUAAGGCUCUUUUAGAUUAUACCAAUAAGACAUUACAACAUAGAAGGUACUCCUCAGGGUUUGAAAAUGAACAUAAUUUGAAUUCAUCACACUCUUCUCUUUCCAUUAGUAACAUUCAACAACAAUCUCAAGAAAUUCCACUUCGUGAUCGAUUGGCAGCUUCUGGUUUCACUCUAGUGAAGUGGGUCGGCCAUAUUCAAGGAAACAACAUGAUGCAAAAUGUCCUUGAUGUGAAGGAUAAUGAUUUUUAUUAUGCAUUUAUACUAGAUAAUACAUCAUCCAAGAAUGUGAAGAAAAAGGUUUUGUUCAAAGCAGGGGUCAUUAAUGAUGAUAACCAGUCUAUUAUAAGUACGAGAUCAUCACCUAUUCUUACAAGACCUUCUUCAAAUGUAAGGAUGACACCGACUUCGGCUUCGUCCCAUGUUAAGGAUACUUUACUCAGAGUCGACCAAGGGAGAUACUUGCAAGGGUAUCUUUUGAAGAAAAGAAGAAAAAAAUUACAAGGUUUCAAGAAAAGAUUUUUCACAUUAGAUUUUAAGUAUGGAACAUUGUCAUAUUAUUUAAAUGAUCAUAAUCAAACUUGUCGUGGUGAAAUUGUUAUUAGUCUUUCCACAGUAAGUGCAAAUAAAAAAGAUAGAUUGAUCAUAAUUGAUUCUGGAAUGGAAGUAUGGGCUUUGAAGGCUACCGAUACAAAGAAUUGGCAAAAUUGGGUAGAUGCUUUACAAUCCUGUUUUGAAUCUCAAAAAUUACUCGAUAAAGAACUAGAACGGAAAUUAUGUGAAGAUGAUGAGAAGAUGGGAGAUAAAGAAAUAGAGAAGACAGCAACCACACAAAAUAUAAAUGCUUCAUUAACAGAGAACGAUACAUUCUCACUUUCUGAAAAUGUUGAUAUAAAGACCUUGAUUGAAAAUUACGUACCUUUACCUGACAAAACAUAUACUACAUUUACUACGAACUUAAAGUUAAUACAACAAAAGUUGGAAAGUUGUAAAAAUGAUUCACUUUCCUACACUUACACACCAUCUGAGAAAGAAGAGUUACCUUUGAAACCAAUGGUAGUUAGAUCAUCAUCUUCUUCAUCCUCUAUGUUUACGGGGAACAAAGUGAGAGCUUUCGAAAAGUUUAAUUCCGCAAUGGAUUCGAGUGAAUCUCUUAUUUCUCCAUUAAAUAAAGAAAACCAAGAGAUAAGUGAAUCUCAUGAACUUUACAAACGAUUAUCUGAAUUAGAAUCAUUUGUAGAUCAAUUUGUGAUUCAAAGUGAGCUACUUUUGAAAGAUUACAAACAUAUUACAAAACAUGCCCGAGAAACAAGUAGACUUUCUUUAACGUCCGGAUUUAGCGAUAACGAUGAAUACUUUGACGCAAUCGAUCAUAUCAGCCAAGGCGUUAUACUAUUAGAAGAUGAAGAGGCCGACGAAGUAGAAUUGACCACUUCUAUGUCGGCAUCACAAAUGGCUAAAGUUAGUGCUGAUAUGUUCAAUCAAUUCUCUAAGGUUGAAGAAGGAGAGGAAAAAGAGCAAGAAAAAGAAACAGAAGAAAACGAGAUGGAAAUAACUUCAAAUGGUGGCAAAGUCGCCCAAAAGCAUAUUAAAAUAGUUAAUGAUUUAUACCCACUCCCUUUUUCUAAGACAGUCAAACGUCGUAAUGAUGUUCCCAUAUGUAAAACUAUACCACCAAGUUUGUUAUCAUUUCUGCGGAAGAAUGUUGGUAAAGAUUUGACUUCAAUAGCUCUACCGGUGACAUCUAACGAACCUAUCACAAUUUUACAAAUGAUUUCCGAAUCUUUCCAGUAUGCAUCUUUGUUAACAAAUGUAGUAAGCGGACCACCAGAAUUCCCACCUAUCACUGCAGUAACAUUAUUUGCAAUAUCUUUCCUUUCUGUACAUAGAGAUAAAACAAGAGCAUUAAGGAAACCUUUCAAUCCAUUACUAGGGGAAACGUACGAAUUAGUUCAAGAUGAACUAGGAUUCAGACUAAUUGCAGAGAAAGUUUCGCAUAAACCUCAAAUUUUUGCUUUCCAUGCUGAACAUAACGACUGGGAAUGUAAUUAUACAGUAACACCCACCCAGAAAUUUUGGGGAAAGUCCAUUGAACUGAAUAAUGAAGGUGUUUUCAAAUUAAAAUUGAAAGCAACGGGUGAACUCUUCGAGUGGGAGCAACCGACGACAAUGUUGAAAAAUUUAAUUGCCGGUGAAAGGUACGUGGAACCAAUUAACGAUUUUGAAGUCAUCUCGUCAAAUGGUAGCAAGGCUAAAAUAGAUUUUGAAAGGACAGGAAUGUUUAGUGGUAGGUCAGAAGCAGUUAAUGUUUCUAUAAUGAAUAAAGAAAAGAAAGAAAUAUCACAAGUCGUUGGCAAGUGGUCAGAGUCAUUGAAAGAUGGUAAAACGAAGAAAAUUCUUUGGAAACCUGAUCCUUUGUUGAAAGACUCAAAGAAAAAAUAUGGGUUUACUCAAUUUUCUGCCAAUUUGAAUGAAAUUACUGAUAUUGAACGUGACAUGUUACCGCCGACUGAUUCUCGAUUAAGACCUGAUGUUAGAAGUUAUGAAAAUGGUGAUGUUACUAAAGCUGAAGCGUUAAAGUUAGAGUUAGAACAGAAACAAAGGGAAAGACGUAAUAAAAAGCAAGAUGCCAAACCACGAUAUUUCAAGAAGGAUUCUCUCAAUAAUUGGAAAUAUAUCGAAGGUCCAAAUAGUUAUUGGGAAAAAAGAAGACGCCAAUCCUGGGAAGAUAUUGCGCCGCUUUGGUAG